UAGUCCCUAUCAGAACAAUCACAGACUACGAAAAACUAUGGCGCAGAUGCUAAGGCUACGCCCUCCUACCCAAACGCCGGCCAAUGCCCAUCGCCGCCGCAACUCGUCGUCGGCCAGGUCCGAGUUCACUCGUUAUCACCUCCCUACCUCGACUCAGUCUUCGGAAGUCAACCACAGUUGGACUAACCUAACACACAACCUCAAGUGCAGCGGCAGGUUUUCUUGCCUCUUCUCCGACAACCGCAAAGAGGAACAGGCCAGGAAAGCAUUGGAAAAUGCACUUGGUGGAAAGAAAACUGAUUUUGAGAAAUGGGACAAAGAAAUUAAGAGACGGGAAGAAGCAGGCGGAGGUGGCAAUUCUGGCGGGGGUGGUUGGUUUAGAUGGUUUGGCUGUUCUGGUGAUGGUGACCAUUUCUGGCAAGAAGCAAAACAAGCAAGCUUGACAAUUUUAGGUAUUAUUGCCAUGUACUUGAUAGUUGCUAAAGGUGAUGUGAUGCUCGCUGUAAUAUUCAAUCCAUUGUUGUACACUUUGCGAGGAGCAAGGAACGGGCUCAGGUUUGUAACAGCUCAGGUUAUGAACAAGGUAAGUCCAACUCCCCAAGCCAAUUUCGAUAGUACUCCUAAAUAUGAAGCCCCCGCCCAUACUUCUGCUAAAGAGAGUGCAUUGAGAAAAUGGGGCAGUGAUUAAUGUCAAAGGCAAAAUUCAAAGCACAAGCUAUGUUCAACUCUCAGUCUCAGAUUUCAUAGCAAUUCAAGUUGUAGCUUGCUUCCCUUUCCAGAUCUUAGUUCUUUUUGCAGAGCCUAUAAUUGUCUUUUGAUAAUGUAGCAAAAAUGCUUGGUUGAAGGCUUGAAGCAUAUUGUUUUAAUUUUUUUUUCAACUUGAAUUGAGGGCUAAGUAUGAUGUUGUAGAGGAUGAUUAAAAAUAAUUGAUAUUUUUAAAAAAAAAUUAUUCAAAGUUCC